CAGUAAACACAGAACCUUCUGGAUACACAAAUCUGCAAAAUAUCUACCGUUCGAUCAAUCCCCACCGUCCAUCAACCUUAUCUACCAUCCCCUUCUCUUGUUUUUAUUUAUUCUAUUACUACUUAUUUUUUUGUUUAUCUAUUUGAUUCAGUAUUAAAAAAAUAACAAUUAAAUAAAUACAAACCAUAAAAUUUAAAAGCACCGGUUUCUGGAGAAUUCUUGGGCCUUUGUGUUGUUGGGAGAGAAAGGGGGAAACAGUCUUUCUCUCUCUGUUUUUUUUUUUUUUUCUCCUCUUAAACCUUUACCUACACGGAAACAUAUGCUAAGGAUUCCGUGUUGCAGUUCCACAAAGAUGUAGUUCUAAGUCAUGUCUAUAAAAUUAUAGUCUUGUUUUGAUGUUUAUAUCAUAGGUGGGUUUGGCUUGGUUUCAAGUAAUUUUGGUUCCUGGUUCCUGGUUCCUGGUUUUGUGUAUUUGUGUUGGUUAUAGGUUAUAAUCUGUCGACAAGAAAAGGACUUUUGGGAUUGUUGUUGUUAGUUUUGAGUUGGGUUUCUGUCUUUGGUUGGUUUGGUUUUGAAGAAUGGCAAAUGGAGCAGAGAAAAACAAUGAUUUUUAUGCAGUUUUGGGGUUGAAUAAGGAAUGCACUCCAACAGAGCUCAGGACUGCUUAUAAGAAACUUGCCCUGAGAUGGCACCCUGAUCGUUGCUCAGCCUCGGGAAAUUCAAAGUUCGUAGAAGAAGCCAAGAAGAAAUUCCAGGCUAUUCAACAAGCCUAUUCUGUUCUGUCUGACGCAAACAAAAGGUUUCUGUACGACGUAGGAGCUUAUGACAGUGAUGAUGACGAAAAUGGCAUGGGAGAUUUUUUGAACGAAAUGGCAGUGAUGAUGAGCCAGACAAAAUCUAGGGAAAAUGGAGAGGAAAGCUUUGAGGAAUUACAGGAAUUGUUUGAAGAAAUGUUCCAAGCGCACAUUGAUUCAUUUGGAUGUAGUGGUCAGCCCACUACAUCCUGUUCUGCUGCAUCUUCAUUCGCGUCUUAUGGUGAAAGUUCCAGUUCCAAUAAAAGGAAUUCCUCUGGUAUUAGUUCUGAGGAGACUAGGGUGGAGAGUAAUUCUAGCUUUGAUGCACAAUUUCACGGUUUUUGUCUCGGGACAGGUGGAGCACAAGCAAGAUAUCAGGCAAGAGAGAGGAGCCAAAGGAGGAAUGCUAGGAGUAGCCGGCGUUAGUAGACGCAGAAAUGGCAGGAAACAAAAGGUUUCAUCUGGCCAUGAUGUUUCUUCCAACGACUAUGGCAUUUCUGCUUCAUGAUACACCAGUUUAGUAGUUGAUUAAUGCAAAUUCAAUCUGACCAUUUUGGCCAACUUACCAUAUUGACUCGACCGAUUAGGGAGAUGAAUGUGCAUCCUGUGGCCAAGAUUGAACCAGUGGGUGAGAUUUUGCUCGUCAUGGACAGUGCCAAGGCUGCAACAUCACCACCACUAGGGAAGUCAAAUCUAUCGCAGGAAGAUUAGCAUGGCUGUUAUACUUAAGCAUCGCAAAGAAAUGAGGCAGCUAUUAGGGUUUUACCUUUGUUAUCAUGGCCUGUCUUGGUUUUACCUGUCUGGCUUUUGUAACCAUGUCAAAUGAAUUUUCAUCUGAAGCUGUAUUUACUCUUUACCCUGUUUAGUACUCUAUAUAAUGCUAAUCAAUUGGCUUCCAUUUAGCCUAUGCUAA